GAACCACCUCCCUUCAUCCGCCAUUACCAAUCGAUUUAUGUCGAUAAUAGCCCAAAUUUUUAAUCCAGUUACACUUGAAAACCCUUCUUCGACAAUAUCCAUAAUUAUCACAAAUGUAUACAAGUAGAAUGAAUCGAGGGAAGCCAACUAUUGGUACUGGGAUGAUCCGUCAUAAUAAAAUAAAAACCAUCACCCAGGGAUUAUAUUGUAACUAUAGUAACAGAAAUUGUCAACAAAAAAGACUUGAAGGGUUUGAAUUUUGUAUUCGCCAUAUUUUAGAAGAUAAAAGUGCUCCCUUUAAACAGUGUAACUAUGUGGCUGGCAAGAAAAGUGAGCGUUGUCAAAAUGGCGUGCCAAAGGGGGAUAGAAAAGAUGGAUAUUGUGUAGAACAUACUAGAAAAGUGAAUUUUGCCAGACAAAAGAAAUUACUUCAACCUCGGCCAGCAGAUACACCUGAAUCUCUGCUUCAAGAGCUUACUAUAUCAUGUACGACAGGUGAUGCUAUUAUAAAAUCUACUGGUAAAUCCAGACUACCACCAGAUAGUAUUGCCAGUAAAGUAUUAGAUUAUGCUAGUAGUGACGACUCUGAUGAUGGUCCAGCAUUAAUAGAAGAUAGUUGGUAUGGUGAUGUUGAUAGUGAUGCUGAGAGUAUUGAUAGUGAACAAGAAGAUCUUCUCAAACAUGCAGGUGUGUAUACUGCUGAAGAAGUGACCCUCAUGUUACGAGAUAAGUUAAUACGUCUGCAAUCACUGUACAUAGAACAAUUUAAGCGUCUUCAACAUCAGAUGAAGGAAAAACGGCGUCAAUAUUUACAUGAUAAAAAACUUGAAAGAGAAAGUGGUGGUAUUGUAAGUGUACAAGCAUAUAAAGAAGACCCAUACCUUCGUAAAAAGUAUAAUAAACUAAAAGCUUAUAGAAGAUAUCACAACAGAUAUGGAAGGGAAGCUAUAUUACAUAGAAAAUCAAAUGAACGCAGACAACAAAUAUCAGAAGGUGUCAACUACAAACCCCCAUAUUAUCCUAAAUGUCAUGCUACAGAUAGUGGGGUGAAAUGUACCACACGCUCAGUGCCUUUAUCUAAAUAUUGCAUGAAACAUAUAUUGAAAGAUCACCAACAAGUUCUGUUUCAACCAUGUAGUUUUGCGAAUGGACAGUGUGGGAAACCAGUAGUUACACAUGAAGAUAAUCCAAGAUGUCCGCUUCAUUAUACUCCAAUAGAUGAAAAUUGUUCUAGGUCUCGUCAGAAUUCGGUGUAUGAAGGUUUAGAUCAAGCUGAUACUAGUACAGACAGUACACUGAGUGCAGCUGGGGAGCUGGAUAGAACAGAAGUAUUGAUACAAGAUACUGGUAUAGUGGAGGGUCAGCUUGGGGGAGAAGAAAUGGAGGCAGAAUCCAUGAAUGUUUCAUGAUCAUUUCAAGAAAUGGAUGCGACAAGUGUUCUGUCUAACAAAAAAACAAAUGUGACUGAGUCUGGUGUAGUACAGCAAGUUUUAGAUAUGACAAAUGCUCAUAUAUUGCCAUAAUUAAGGACCUGUGUUUGUGUAGGAAAGGAGUGAUCAAGUGUUCAUCAUAAUAAGAUAAUUCCUGGCAUGUUUUUCAUUUCUGAAUUACAUUUUGUUGUUCGAAUUUUGUUAUUUCUUUGAUAAAGCUUCAAAACAUUC